CAAGAAUUACCACCAGGAAAUGAGUAACAUGGAAGGAUUUGCGUGGCGGGCGGGCCACGCGAUUCCCGGAGCUGCCUGCCCAGACUGUGGGCGCGGAAAACCCGUUCUGGCGCAAGACGGUAUAAGAUACGGGUCGACGCUGCGGCAGUCAUUCAGCAAUCCACUGCGAACCCGUGCAAGUCGCUCACUACGCAAAGACUUCAACAUGAAGGUUGCCGUCGUUCUCGCCUGCCUGCUGGUGGCCGUCGCUGCCAAGCCCCAGUUCGGCAGUUUCGGAAGUUUCGGUGGAUUUGGUGGUUCCAGGGGAAGCACCAACUCUGGCUCCAUUCAGGGACAGACCGGUGGUCUCCUCGGAAACAGCCAGAUUCAGAACAGCUUCGCUAAUGCACAGGGCUCUGCAUUCGGCGGUGGAUCUUCCUUCAACCGUGCCAACAGCAACGCUGGUCAGAGCUUCGGACUCUUCGGAGGGCAGCAGAGCGCCAGCAACAACGCCUUCAGUAACCAGUUCGGCGGACGCUAAUUGAGUGCUGCAUGAUAGCUAGGUCAUCUCUGUAUCACUAAUCACGCAUUAUGUUCCUGACGUUUUUAUAUGAUGGACGUUGACAUGUGUGACGCAUCUUUUCAUCCCGCACGGGUAAUACAUAUCUGUUGAUAUUGAGCAAUAUAGUUACUUGCACGACCAA